CUACUACGUUUCUAUGAUAGAUGAGACAUUAAAUUGAAAAAGUAUACAUGGUUUAAAAAAAUUCGUAUUUUUAAAUAAAUUAAACAGAAUGGCGUGUGCUACUCCGUGUUCAUUCUUAAUGCAGAGUUACUUUCUGUACUCAGCGUUACUGGCGUUACAAUUAUUAGCAUUGGCGCCUUUAGCAGGGAUGGUGUGCAAUCCAGAAAAAAUUCAGCGUGCAAAUAUAAGUGACUUGAAGAACCUAACACCGUUCUGGUUGGUGGCAGCCCUGUACAUGACGACUUCUCCAGAACCGAUAACUGCUAGAUCACUCCUUCGCGUUUAUGUCAUAGCUCGAAUAGUGGCCGCCAUGGGUUAUAUUUACAAACUACCCAAAAUGCUCACGGACUCAGCGUUCUUCGUGUCAUUUCUUAUAACAGGUUAUAUGGGAGCAAGUGUAGUAUAUGCGUAUAGGGAAGCGCUGUAGAGACCGCAAUCGUUUCACAAAAAUGUUUGUGCAUUUGAAAUUCAUAUGAACAAUGUGUCGUAAG